CCACAAUAGCCUGAUAGUCCCACGCUGCAGCGAGGCAGUCGGUGGACGGACCUGCGGGUCGUCCCCUCCCUUGAGCCCCCCCGCGCGCCAUGGACGGAGAGCAAGGUCGGCAGCGGCCUGACUCCGGCAAGAACCUCAUAAAGAUCCCGUCCUACCAAGAGGUCUUCGGUAACGGAGCCGCUGCCUCCUCCUCCUCCUCGACGCCCCCCUCCUACAACCCUCCUCUCCCCAGCGCCGCCGCUGCCGCCGCCGGCUCUUCGUCGUCGUCGUCGUUCUCCGAGGCCUUCUCCUUCCUCAAAUCCUCCGAGUUCUACUCCCCUCCCCCGCCGCCUCCACAGCCAUCCACCGCCCCUAGGCCGCCUUUGGCUGGCGCCACCACUACGCCGUCGCAGAGCAAGAACGCCAUUCUAGUGAGCAAUAGGCAGAAAGGGAACCCAUUACUGAAGCACAUCAGGAAUGCGAGGUGGACGUUCGCUGACAUCGUUCCGGACUACGUGAUUGGGCAAUCAUCAUGCGCACUAUACAUAAGUCUCAGGUACCAUCUUCUUCACCCAGACUACUUGUACUAUCGGAUAAGGGAGCUCCAAAAGAAUUUCAAACUCCGUGUCAUCUUGUGCCAUAUUGAUAUUGAAGAUGUAGUAAAGCCUUUACAUGAAGUCACAAGGACAUCACUGCUGCAUGACUGCACCCUUCUGUGUGGUUGGAGUCUGGAGGAAUGUGGCAGGUACUUGGAGACUAUUAAAGUGUUUGAAAACAAGCCAGCUGACAGCAUUCGCGAGCACACAGAUAAUGAUUAUUUAUCUCGGUUCACUCAUGCUCUUACAUCGAUCCGGCGUGUUAACAAAACAGAUGUUAUCACACUUGGUUCGUCUUUUGGGUCACUUUCCCGAAUCAUGGAUGCUUCUAUGGAAGAACUAGCUCGUUGUCCAGGAAUUGGCGAGCGGAAGGUAAAGCGACUUCAUGAUACUUUUCAUGAGCCAUUUAAACGAGUUACGCCCCGCCCAAACCUCGUAGUACCUGAUACUCCCGACAGAGAGAAAGUGUCUGGUCAGCCUUCAUCGACCAACGAUGGCACGCCGGAAAAGCCAGGCACUUCCAAGAACAAGAAAGGCCCUGAUGUCAAAUCGGCCCUUACUGCUGCAUUUGCAAAGUACUCAGAAAAGAUCCGCAGUCAGGGCCGCGAGGCGGCCCAUGAGGCUGGUGAAGGUCCUAGCAGCUCAACCAUGGAAGGUGACAAGACAAAACAAUUAGAUUAGCAGUAGGAAGGAGUAGGAAGUGGCACGUGCAGGUGUACUGCUGUUGUUGUAGCUGCAAAAUUUGCUUCCUCUGUUUAUUGCUCCUAAACAAGGGUGAAUUUUGCAUUGUACUGAUUGUUGUUGUAGUGUAGGCCUUCCCUUUUCUCAGCAAGGGUUGGAUUUUGCAUUGUUAUGCUGGCCUCCUCUUUCCUGUCAACACAAUUUAGCCGAUCUUCUCUUUUUUUCUGCCUUGGAGAACUCUCAGAGCCAUCCAAAAGAUCUUCUCUUUUUUUCUGCCUUGGAGAACUCUCAGAGCCAUCCAAAAGUACACCGGAAAAUGUAAUCUGUAUUUUGUGAUAAACAUUGCCCAUGCUUCGUUGUUCUUGUUCAGCAACUGAAGCAGACUGCUCGAUUAA